GUAUUUACAAGGUAUGUCGUCUAAUAAAGAAAUUCGAGUCGGUGGAAAAUCGUACCAACCUAUAAAAGACACAGCAAAACGCUAUGACAAGGAUAAAGAGAAACCAGUGGUGACGACAAAUCUUGUUGAUAAACAGAGGAGAAAACUUGACAACCUCAUGGCUAGAAUUGAUAAGCCUAUAAACCUUCCUGAACGGCCGAAGGAGUGGAAGCCGUCAGAUCCCAGAGAGUUCGUAAGGAAUGUGAUGGGAAGUAGUGCUGGUGCUGGAAGUGGAGAAUUUCAUGUAUACAGGGCCAUAAGAAAAAGAACAAUGCAACGAGAAGAGUUCCUUACAAAGAAUAAAGAAGAAUCAGACGUGCAAAAAGAAUUCAAUAAAAGGGUAGAUGAAAAUCGCGAAAAGGAGGAUGCAAAGACAGCGAAGAAACGUCUUAAAAGGCAGAAGCAAAAAGCUAACAAGAAAAAACCAAAACAGGAAACUGUUGAGAUUAGUGAAGAAUCAGAUUUAGAGGAAGAGACUGCUAAUGAAAAUGAGAGCCAACCUGUGAGGGAUAGUAAUAAAACUGAUGAAAUUAAUCAUGAUUGUGAUGAAAACAAAGAAUCGUUGUCAGAUGAUAUCGAAGAUGGAACUAAAACGAUUGAAUCCGCAGUCAGUGUCAAUGGUGAUUCAAAUAGUUAAGCUUUUACACA